AGAUAAUCAAACAAAUUCAACAUGCAUGGUGUUCUCGGUUCGAAGUGGCCAAAGAUGACUAUAGCUUCAUUUAUGAAGAUGAAGGAGGGAACCGCGCUGAUCUACUGUUUGUACUGCGUAGGAUUUUUGGUAUGCUUCCUCAGACUUGUUGAAAUGAGUAUACAUCAAACAUUGAUCAAGAGACCAGAGAUUGUUUCCGUCUUUUGUCUAACAGGAUUUAUUUGCUGUAAGCUGCUUCCUACCUCUAUUGACUCACAGAGCCAGAGAGCUUGGGGCAUCACCGUCACUUGUCGGAGUUAUCGGUGAGUGGAUCUGCUAACAAGAACACUGCGAAACAUAAAUAAAAAAUUUGCUCUACCUGGAAACUCGCCAGUUCAUUGACUAAUUACACCUGUUUAUUCGAUGUUUUACUAUAUCCCAUAUCACGAAAACCUCAGGUGCUUUCCCUCGAUGGGAGGUUAACCUUGUUCAUUUUUUUGUAUAUUCAGAUAUGCUUUUGUUUUUGUUUCUAAUAAAAUGAGUAUUUCACAUCAUCGUUGUUCUUGUCUGACAAGUUGUCCAGAAAAAUAUCUCGUGCAAACAAAAGAACAAGUUGAACAUAGACAAAAGAUUCCUUUUCUUUCUAAGAUUUUUUGGUUAUGGUUACAGUAUUGAAAGUACAAACUGAAGGCUUAGAAUUGUGGAAAAAAUGUAUUUUAAAAAGCUGGUAAAGCUUCAGAUUUUUUAUAUUGACAAGUUUUUGUUUUAUGUUAUAUUAUGUCACAGGGUCCAUAUAUGGUGGCCUUCAAUUCUUUUCCAGUCCUGUCAUGGUAAGAGGUCUGGCUAUAUGCAUGCUAGUCGCACCACACUGUUUGAGAUUUCUUAACAUGAUAGUUGAUUUUGGAGAGGUCUAAAUGACCAGUAUGUGUAGAAAUCUAGAGAAUCUAAUUGUUUACAUAAUAUAUCUACUAGCCAUCAACACUAAGCAACAAGAAAGGCUCAUGUUUUCAUUUUAUUUUGUUUUUACAAUGUCACACUGGUGGGCUACUCACUUUAAUCACCAAUUAUUACAGAAUCCAUAGCAUGCAGCGUGAAGCCAUGAGAUUGCAGAAUGUUUUAUAUCAUCCCUGUGGGGGGCAGGGGGGGUGUAAUACGGUUAAGUUUUGCUGAGUAUGUGCCUCUAGCCUCUCAGAACCCCUAGCUAGUCUGGUUUAGUUUAUUCUGUGGCCAAUUAUAGACUCCAUCACAGUCACUUUUUAGCAAAUGUAAUUUUCAUGAUUUUUACUUAGUCACAUGGGAGUCUAUAAUCCUUAGAAUGUCUAUCAUAAGUAACAGUGACUGAUGUUUCAAACACAGCUGAAGUCAUCAUCACACUCUCCUGUGAAGAUGACUUCAGCUACAAGACCAGCUAAGGGAUGUAUAAAUAUAAAUUCCAACUUACAACUUCUCAGGACUACCCUUGACUGGAUGAUCAGAUUACAUAAUCAAAUGUUACCCCUGAGUUAAAACCUUUUGUGAUAGAUCACAAGUUGAUUUACACUAAUAUGGAAUAUAUCAAGGUGUGCCCCUAUUUUCUCAGUGUGUACAAGUUCAAAUAUCUAGAUUAAUUGUAAUUAAUACCAUGUGAUACAAAAUAAAAUGGUAAGCAAUGAUGAUUAAAACAGCAGACUUGAUUAUGAAUAACUUGAAUUAGCUCUGAAUUAUUUUGAAAUAUUUAUCUAUUUUUAGGGCAAACUGAGUGAUGUAUUUGGAAGAAAAAAUCUUCUUCUGAUUAGCCUCUUUGGUGCGGCUGUAGGUUAUAUUCUAACAGGAAUUCCAACAACAUUACUUUUUCUAGCACUCAGCAGAGUUCCAGUAGGUGAGAUGCUUUUUUUUUUCUGAAUAGUAAGUACCUGAAUGAGACCUCCUAUCUUGGUUACCGGUCACCUCGCCACCAAGCAGACUCGUCACCAGCGAACUCGCCACCAAGGAAUGAUCUCGCCACCAACGUACUCGCCACCAAGCAAAGUCUUCUCGCCACCAACCACCAAUAAAGAGAUAAACUAGAAUAAAGUAGUCGAGGAGAGUAGGAUGUUCGAACGAGCACAAUUCAAAUCGGCCGAUACGUUUGUGCGCUUGUCUGUAUUUAAAUUAUGACCUUCAGCGACGUGUUAGAUGUGUUCUGUUCCUAACUCAUUGACAUCGAAACGUAUCGUGUUUGUCUUUUGCACGUAAGCGAGGAGAAAUUGCAAAACUCGAUGCGAGGAAUAAAAACUUACUUGAGAGAAAAUGAAACUUCAUGGGAAGAAAUAAGUGAUGAAAUGAAACUCGAUAGCAGUUGUAUUAAAACUAAACUUAUCGGUUUCGAACGUGCUUUCGACAACAUACGUUUAUAAAGUUUGAGUACAGACAGGCGAACAAAUUUAUCGGUUUCGAACGUGCUUUCGACAACAUACGUUUAUAAAGUUUGAGUACAGACUUAUCAGCCGAACAUCCUACUGUCCUCGACUAAUCUCUUUAUUGAUGGUUGGUGGCGAAAAGACUUCGCUUGGUGGCGAGUACGUUGGCGGCGAGAUCGUUCCUUGGUGGCGAGUCUGCUUGGUGGCGAGGUGACUGGAUACCCCUAUCUUGUGUUUGUCAAUUUUCACCUAAGCGCAUGGAGCUCCUGCAGAGAAUAGUUGGUUAAAACCCUUUGAAUCCCAGAGGUGAUUAACAUGAAACUUCUCUUAACAAUAUCCUCACAUUAUCCAGCAAAUGGGUUAUGAGAACACUCAAACUUAUCAGGUAGAAGUUGCUAUCUUGAUCUAACACCAACUUUGUAUAACUAGUUUACAAGGAAAUGUAUAGCAGCUGGAGGGGAGAAUUAGCAUCACGAUCUUGGGAGACAAGGGUCAUAGUAUUUUAGUGUAUGGUAAUAUGUGCAUGAAUUGGGUCUUUCCUAUUUUGCUACCAAUUUAUUUUAAGAUGGAAAGUCAUGUAUUGUUUCUUUUCAGGGAUUUUCAAGCACAGUCAAAGUAUUGCAAAGACAUAUCUUUCAGAUGUUUCACCCUCUAUAGAUCACCCUAAAGUCUUUGGGAACUUCAAUGCAUUUUCUAGUCUUGGUUUUGUCAUUGGUCCAUUGAUCGGCGGCCAUUUGGCCAUGCAGUCAAAUGGUUUCUCCAGGGUGACCACUUUAACUGGAUUCAUUUUCUUGAUCAAUUUUUUCUUUGUGUGGUUUUUUGUGACACCAGUUGAACAAGUGAAGAAGCAGUCUUUUACAAGGAAAGAACAUGAUGCAUUCCUUGCUAAAGACAAUACAGCAAACAACACAAUAGAUAACCACACAGAGGAAGAACUGGAUAGAAAAGAACUGAGGGAUAGAAAAGCACUCAGUGAAAGAGCAGGCUCCUCCACAUCCCAUGGAACAAGUUUAUACAAAAUUUCUUCAAUAGGUUCCUCACUGGAUUUGAUAGUAAUUCGUUUCGUGAUGGGAUUUUCAAUGCUAGUCUUCCGCAGCAACUUCACAUCCAUGUUAGAGUUUCACUUUAACACCAGUCCAAAAACCAAUGGCUAUAUUAUGUCUUACAAUGGUCUAGUGGGUGGUUUUUCUGGAAUUCUAGUGGGAAAGAUAGCAAAAUUCUACAAUCACAAUGAUGCAAAGAUGCAACUUCAUUUCUCCCUACUUCUCAUGGCAUCACUUCUUGGCAUAACAUUCUCACCCAGCAUAUUGUUCAUCCCAGUCUUCAUUACACCACUGGCCAUCUCGAGUGCAGUUUGCCGUGUCUGCACGACUAAUCUCACUUUCCGUAGGGGCAGUGAGGAUGAGAAAGGGGUCAUGUUAGGGAUAGGGAACUCAUUACUGUCAUUUGCACGAAUGAUUUCUCCUGCUUUAGGUGGGUUUGUUCAGGAGGUAAGUGUGUACGGGCCUGGUAGCAUUGGUGCUCUUAUAGCUGGCGUGGGUGUUGUUAUCAUGAUACUUUUCCCACUUGAUAGGCCCAGAGUGAACAAAAAGGAGAAAAAAGACCAGUGA